CUUUCGGUUUCUGGUUCUGGGCGUCUCCAUCUUGCGGACCCUAAGACAGGCAGUGAAGUCUCUGCGACCUGAACCUCUCAAGCGGCCACUUAGGGCCGAACCGUUAAACCUGAAUACCCUCAGCAAGAAUUCAAGAUGGAAUAACUUCUGUCCUGUCCUGCCGGGUCACACCACCAGCACCUAGCUUGUCUCGUUCGAUCCAGUUUUCUGGAGGUCUCCAGCGAAGACAGGCGACAAAGCCGUUGUUGAGUGGGAUGGGCCGGCGACCGCCCGGUAAAAAGAAAAAAACAGGCCAAACUGCUUGGCUUAAGCAAAAUUUUACAUUUUAAUGCUUUGGCAAAAACUGAGUCCAGAGACCAAAUCUCAUUUCUAAGUUGUACAAUGAAGAGGAGGCGGGGCCUUGCCUUUUGUUACCGUUGUCGCUGGAGACCAGUCAGAAGGUGAGGGCCUGCGCUUUGACUCUCAAGCCUGAGUGGAUUUGAUAAGAGGGUUAUCCUUCACCACAGCGUGUCUCGACUGCAAGAACUCUGGAAGAAAUGAAGAGAGUCCUCAGCAAUGAUGUUGGCUUCUCAUGGUCCCCAGAGCCCUGCUUAAUGGAUGGAGGCUGGGCGAGAACCUGGCUGCUGUGGUUCUGAACAUGGCCCAGAGCCCUGUGUCUGCCGAGGUCAUUCACCAGGUGGAAGAGUGUCUUGAUGAAGAUGAGAAGGAGAUGAUGCUCUUCCUGUGUAGAGAUGUGACUGAGAACCUGGCUCCACCUAACCUCAGGGACCUCCUGGAUAGCUUAAGUGAGAGAGGCCAGCUCACUUUUGCUGCCUUGGCUGAACUGCUCUACAGAGUGAGGCGGUUUGACCUGCUCAAGAGGAUCUUGAAGACAGACAAAGCAACCGUGGAGGACCACUUAUGCAGAAACCCUCACCUGGUUUCUGAUUAUAGGGUCCUGUUGAUGGAGAUCGGUGAGAAUUUGGAUCAGAGUGAUGUCUCCUCCUUAGUUUUCAUUACAAGGGAUUACACAGGCAGAGGCAAGGUAACCAAGGACAAGAGUUUCUUGGAUCUGGUGAUUGAAUUGGAGAAGCUGAAUCUGAUUGCUUCAGACCAAUUGAAUUUAUUAGAAAAAUGCCUGAAGAACAUCCACAGAAUAGACUUGAACACAAAGAUCCAGAAGUACACCCAGUCCAGCAAAGAAGCAAGAUCAAAUAUGAAUACUGUCCAGGCUUCGCUCCCAAAAUUGAGUAUAAAGGAACAAUUAUAUAACUCAAGGCUCCAGAAUGGGCGAAGUAAAGAGCCAAGAUGUGUGGAACACCGUGGCAUUCAAAGAAAACUGGUGAAGACAUCUAUCCAGGAAUCAGGAGCCUUUUUAUCUCCGCACAUCCGUGAAGAGACUUACAGGAUGCAGAGCAGGCCCCUAGGAAUCUGCUUGAUCAUUGAUUGUAUUGGCAACGACACAGAACAUCUUCAAGAGACCUUCACUUCCCUGGGCUACCGUGUCCAGCCUUUCUUGUUUCCCAAGUCACGUGACAUAACCCAGAUCGUUCGCCGAUUUGCCUGUAUGACCCAACAUCAAGACUAUGACAGCUUUGUAUGUGUUCUGGUGAGCCUAGAAGGCUCCCAAAGCAUGAUGGGCAGAGAUCAAGUUCGCUCAGGGUUCUCCUUGGAUUGUGUCAAGAACAUGUUCACGGGGGACACGUGCCCUUCUCUCAGAGGGAAGCCAAAGCUCUUUUUUAUUCAGAACUACGAGUCGUUAGGUAGCCAAUUGGAAGAUAGCAGCCUGGAGAUAGAUGGGCCAUCAAUAAAAAAUGUGGACUCUAAGCCCCUGCAACCCAGACACUGCACAACUCACCCAGAGGCUGAUAUCUUUUGGAGCCUGUGCACAGCAGACAAAUCUCACUUGGAGAAGCCCUCCAGCGCGUCUUCUGUGUAUCUGCAGAAACUCUCCCAGCAGCUGAAGCAAGACAGGAAACGCCCACUCGUGGAUCUCCACGUUGAACUCAUGAACAAAGUGUAUGCGUGGAACAGCGGUGUCUCUUCUAAAGAGAAAUACAACCUCAGCCUGCAGCACACUCUGAGAAAGAAGCUCAUCCUGUCUCCUGCAUGAAAACCCCAGACCUUCCGAGUUCUUGGUAUAUCACGCAGGGUGGUGGCUUGGAGCUGGCAAACCUCCUGAUGGCUUGGGAGCAGACCUUGAAGGUUACUGCUGCUUCUGGCUCUGCCAUGAGUCCUGGCUGCGGGUUCUGCUGUGCACAGGCGUGAGCGAUAUACUCCUGUGCCCGUGAAGCGUCUCACUCCAGACACUGUGCCUUUAAUGCUGUCAUGGACUGAAUCCUCCAAGACUAUGAGGCACAGUAAACUUCCCUGCUUGCAUUCUUUAGUCGGAUGUUUUGCCACAAUGACCCAGCUCCACAUUUAUAUUCUUUUUCUGCAAAAAACAAAUCUCAUUAUGUCCAUUUAAUAUUUACAGUAUAAUGCUUUGUAACACAUAUAGAUAGAAAAAUAGUUACCUGUGAGCACAGGAGAGCUGGCCCUGACCCUCAGCAGCUAUGGAAUGGCUUGGGUGAAGGAGAACUAGCCCUGCUCCUUGAAGGCUGUAGUGCUUUGGAGAGUAGUCUGUCCCAUGCCUGGGCAGCACAGUAGAGCCAGACCCAAGAACAGAACAGUGUGUGGGAGAGCUCGCCCUGGUUGGCUCAGGAUCAGGAGAACAGGUGGGCUGACCAACUUGGGGCUUUGAGUUGACCCACCCCAGCAUCCACAUCGUCUGUGAACUGUUGGAGCAUGUGAAGGGGCUGGUCCUAUAGAAGUAAGGCUGCAGGAUGUCCAUGAUACAGGACAACAACAGAGUAUCUGAGAAGGGUCCCUGUGAGAAUCCAGUAUUGAUAGUGUACCAGAAGCCAGAGGCCUCGAACCAGACCAGUGUAAGUAAAGAUGUAAGGACACACAGGAAUACUGUGGGACACACUGGGACACACACAUGCUUUUAUGGAGAUUUUUUUAUUUUUUGUUUUUGUUUUUUGUUUCUUUGGCAGGAACAGAUUGCAAGGCCAGAGAGUAGAUAAGGAAGCUGGAGACAUGAGUGGGGUUGGGGUUCAUGAUGUUGAAUUCACAAAGAAUCAAAAAAAUCUUAAAAAAAAAAAAAAAAAUGGUUGCCUAGUGAGAUUAGCUUAUUUA